AGUAUUUAAAACUGUUGUCUUUUCAGAGCAUUCCUUUUGAAUUUUUCCUUAGGGCUAGAAAUUAGUUUGAAAAAGCACAAAAUCCACUUUCCCCUUGCGCGACGUGCAGAAUCGUUCCGUGUUUACAGGCCGUUCUGCUUCCAACGGUUUUAGAAUUGCCCGAGAGUGGCUCUGCGAGUGAUUUGUGCAGAGGCCCACUUUUUUAUUUAGGAAAAACUCUAGUUUUCCGUGUCUGCUGUUUCCUGUUGUCACACUCGGUGGCCUGGCUGGUCAAUUUCGAGCUGUUGUUUGGACGACCCACCUCUGACGCCACCACCCGAAGCCGUGCAUCCCGUUAGGGCACUGCUUCCGUUUGCGUCAAAAGAGAUUUCCACGUUGCGGGUGCGUCACCGUUGUGAGCAUCUUUCUGCAAAUCUUCGCGGGUCCUUACUCGUUCGGACACAGCUUUUCCCCCCUGCCAAAAGUGCAGCAGAAACUCCGUCCCAAAACGCGAACGAAUUACGUUGUGGUCCUGCCGUUAUCAUGGAGUCGACCGAGGCGACUAUGGUGGAGAGGAAAGCCGAGAGCCCGAGCUCGGGAGACCGAGCGAGAAGCAUUGAACUGGCGCACCAACCGACUGGCGCUGGAGCCAGCCUCUCCAGCUUCGAAGUCGGAGGCGCGAAGCAGGGCGUGAACAAAGCCCAAGACUCCGCGGUUAAUAAGGGUGUGGCGAACACGCCGCCUCGCGUUGCUUUCGGGCUGUCUCGUUAUGUUGUGCUGGUCGCCUACUGUCUGUACUGUCUGCUGUCUGGACCAUCUUUUAUGAACUGGACAACGAUUGCGGACUCACUGUACAAGUCCGGUGCGUUCGAGUGGGAGUGCAAGCCCGGCGAGAUCGACCAAACAGUCCUUCCGCACGAACCCAAGUGCCCAGAGCAGGAGGUUUCUGUAAACCAUUUGUUCACUGUUGCGUCGUGCUCUUACUUCGUGUUUGCGAUGCUCGGGGGGAUCAUGCUCGACUUCGCAGGUCCGAAGUUCGGUGCACUCACAGGUCUUGCCUGUUUGAUCACCGGCUGGACUCUGUUUGGUUUCUCCUCGGAAAGCUUCCGGGCGUACGUCCCUGCAAUGGUGUUCAUGGGCGCCGGUAUUGAUAUGGCGUUCUUCCCCUGCCUGUGUGGAGCAAAUUUGUUUCCGGGAAUGGUUGCAACGAUCAUCGCUGUCUACGGUUCCUUUAGGUCGAUCUCGUUCAUUGUCGGCCUUUCACUCCGGACGAUAUACAUCAAUGUGGAAGGCGCAACGUUCCGAGGCGUCAUGCUAGGCUACGUCGGUGCCGGUCUUGGCUUUUGCCUGCUGGUUGCGCUGUUCAUUAUCCCGCGGCGCGCGUGGCCCGCGCCUGAUGAGGCCCCGAGUGCAUCUGCAGAGCAAGAUGUGGAAGCGGGUGCCGAUGCUUUGGCUCAGAAGGGCGAGAAGAAUUUGACGGCGAUUCAGUCGAUGAAGCGUGACUUCUUGUCUCUUUCCUUCCUGCCGCUGUUCCCGUACUUCGUUCUGGUGCUUAUUACGAUCCUUUUCUUUGCACCGUCAGCGAAACGCCUUAUCCCCAGCGCGUACGAAGCCAAUCAGAUCAUUUCUAUUUUCUCGUUCGUCCCGUGCAUCAUUCUCGGCGGGAUUGCUGACCGUCUUGGCAUUGUCCCCGUGAUGAUGAUCUGCAACACGUGCGGUCUUCUCUCGUGGAUUCUCAUGUUGAUCCCGGGAAUCCCCUGCUUUGCUGCAUCGCAGUACAUUGUGUCUAUCUUGAUUUCCAUCCAAAUGUCGUUCUUGGUUUCGCAGGUUUACUGCUACGUCACCGAGAUCUUCUAUCCAGAAAAUCUGGGGAAAAUGAUCGGGUUUUUAUGCUCCGUGGGGGGUAUUAUCUCUCUUGUAACGGACCCCAUGAGAAAGUACAGUGUUGACAACGGAUUUUAUACAAUGACAGUGUUGUGCCUCAUUUUUGCACUCAUCAAUGAGGGACUUCUUUUGUUCAUGUAUGUGAGGAAGAGAAAAGUCCCGAAGGUGCUGUAAAUUGCUGUGCGCAAUCCAGGCGGAGUCACGUGCUCGCGUGUAAAGAUGUCAAGACGCACGCGCGCUCUCGAAAUCUGUCAGUUCACCCGGAGAUAAUUGCGCAGGUGCAGUCGUCUCCGGUCCCUGUUGUCAAAGAGUUCCGUGGACGGGGGUGAUAUGAAUGGACUUCAAGAUCUUUUGACGAUGCGCCCUCCCAUUCCUCGCUUCACCGUCGGCAGUCUUGUCUGCAACGUAUUGCUUGUGCGAACUAGAAGGCCACGGAAUCUGGUCUUUCUUGUUUCCAAAUACGCAUUGCUGGGUUGGUGUGUAUGGGUUGAAUCAGUGACGGGUUGUUCAGCAGAGGUUGGUCCACGUCCCGCCUGUUUUAAUCCAUGUUUAUUCAGCGGAGCCCAGCUUUUUUCUCGCACGACGUGGACGAGAUACUGGAAUGUCAGACUGCUGUUUCUGCCUGGACGAACCUGCAUGUGUUCUCAGUCUUGUGCACCGAGAACGUGUGUCGAUGAAUCCGAAUUUGGUGAGAAACAGCAGGUCGUUGCAUUAGUCGAGUUACGCAGCGGCUCUAGUGCGUGUACUUGGUCGUACAAGAGCUUUUGCUUCGUCUUUCGUCGUGUGUGACAGCCGUCUUUUUGCGCGAUGAGUCCUUGACGCCGUGGUAAAGAAAUGCCAACGUGAAUAGCAAAUCAACCUGUUUGUGGCGCAUCUUUUAUUUGCUAUCGGGUGGCACCCGUCUGCCCAAUAGUUGGUCUGAACCGUUGUUGAAUGUCUCCGCGUUCGGUAGGCUACCGCCUGUCAGCAGUUAUGUUGACAGUGGAGGUCUGUAGUGUGCUUGAAAGGGGUCUUCCGCGUGUGGGAUUUGCAGUCUUCUUACUCCCGCAGCUGGAUCCUCUUUGAGGCGCUUUACCUUCCUUGUGAAGGUCCGUGUGCUAUGGGGUCUAACCGUGUUACAGUUACGAGGCUUCGCAAUCCGUGUAUAUUAGUUUUGUGAGUUCUUCGAAAGAGCAAAUCACAGACUCGGAUUGGAAGCCGAUGCCACGAGGGGGGAGUAGCGGUUAUCCGGGUAUCGCGGUCAGACGACUCGCGUAUCUGGUAUCUCUUCCAAUGUAACCGCAAACCCCCAUCGUGAUUUAUUACUCGACCCAGAAUCUCAGUGGCUCUGAGCAAGUUUCAUUCUCUCGUUGCAUCGCAUAUCGUAUAUUUUUAUGUUGAGGGUUGUAUUAUAGGCGAACUGUAUUGCCAUGUGUGUCUGGCUACGCGAUGUAGUGCACGCAUAGUAGAUCCCUCUGUUCUUGUCUCGUGUUAUAAUUGCACCCAUCUCUGGCAACAAAUGUUGCUGUUCAGCGCAGUUGGCUUUACGGUUGUUGGCCUUCAGCGUGAGAGAUGCUUCAUGUGAACAACAGGACAAUGUUAAAUGUUUUUCCGAGUCCC